GUCUUCCACUAAAACUCAGGUAUUGAUCUCACCGCCCGAGGUAAGCCACGAACAACCUGCUGCCACAACCUGGCACGCCACACUUGAGCCCCGGACAUGAUGGCGGGGCACAAUGUCAACCUCAAUAUUGGUAGGCUAACACUCAUCUCUUAAUAUACAUCGUCUUUUGACAGUCUCAUACCCCAUCACUAUGGCUGACUCUCAUAUGAGCCAUGACGAGUUCUUCGCCAAGUUGGGUGAGCUCUUCAAUCAUCGCAAGGGCAGCGACCAUGGCGCCAUCUACUUGAGCCAGAAGCGACUCACAUACGGUCAGGGCAUCCCCAGUCCCUCAGAAGAGGAGCCCUCUCCGGAUAUUCACCCUGGCAAGCCUCUGCCCCUCAUCAUCAGGGCAACAAAUGGCAAGGGCAAGAAGGAUCGCUCUAACAAAGCCAAGCUUUCAACAGUCGUCAACCCCGAGGAUCUGGAGGCUUUCUACGUGCGGUAUGCCGAUGUGUGCAAGGCUGGCAUGACAGCCCUGAAGCCCAGAGACAGGAGCAAGAAGAAGGCCAAGGCAAAGAAGAAGAAGGCUGCAGCAUAAACGAUUCUCUUUUCACAGUUCAAAUUCUGAGGUGCCAAGCAUCAAAGGUUAAGGUUAUAUCAUGGAUUAAUGAAUUAUCAUGUUAUGUGAUACCCAAACACGUCUCCAAGCCACCAUGACUUUGAAUUAUUUCUACCAAAGGAAGAGUAAAUUUUACACGGAGUUGUAUUACAAUCCAAUUCUGUCAGAAACAUAUGCGCAUUAGGCAAAUCGAGCAAAGUUUGGGAAAGGGGCUAAGCCCUUUAGCACACCUUGCCUGAGCUGAGCUGUCCUCGGAAAGCGCCAGGAACAGCAAGGCUGGAGUGCGAGUCGGCGAAGAACUUCUCGGGGUUCUUCUCGAUCUGCUUGAGAGUGAAGCCUACACCAGUGUCUUGGCCGUUCUGGAUCACACCGGUGCGGAAUGGGCCCUCGAGACAGCCGACAGCGUUGCGGCUCUUCUCGUCGCCGACGGGGUUGGGGAAGGCGAUACUAAUACAAAGUCAGCGUUUCAUAGCUCCAAUUGUGUACAGGCCUGCGUCAUCGACUUACCGUGGAGGUCCAGACUUGCCCUUGAC